AGAAACAAAAAAACAGACAGAAACGAUCAAGGAAAAUGGCGGGUACUCUGUCUUACGCUACUCUCCUUAGCCAAACUUAUCUAUUUUUCCCUUCCCACAAUGCUAGCAGAACCCUGAAUUCUUCUUUCCUCGUAAACAUGGAGAAGCCAGCUCUUACUAGUUGCUCCGCCAAGAAGAAAAUCGGAUUUAUGGAUCAAAUUCUCGAUUAUAUUGAAGGGGGUCCCAAGUUAAGGAAAUGGUAUGGGGCACCUGAACUAUUACCAAAAGAUGGAUCUGUUGGCGAAGAGGAGGAGGAUUAUCCAGAGGAUGAAGUCAGGGAUGCAGUUUUAGUAACAGAUGGCGAUAGUGACAUUGGGCAGAUGGUGAUAUUAUCAUUGAUUGUCAAACGAACUCGAGUGAAAGCAAUUGUGAAGGACAAGCGUACAGCUAAUGAAGCCUUUGGAACUUACGUUCAAUCAAUUUCUGGAGACACAAGUAACGAGAUAUUUGUAAAGAAAGCUCUUCGAGGAGUUCGUGCAAUCAUAUGCCCAAAUGAAGGUUUCCUAUCUAGUGUUGAGAGCUUGAAAGGUGUUGAACAUAUAGUUCUCUUAUCUCAGUUGUCUAUUUAUAGAGCUAGCAGUGGCAUUCAAGCUCUCAUGACAAACAAUUCAAGAAAAUUGGCUGAGAAAGAUGAAUCAGUGCUGAUGGCUUCAGGAAUUCCAUACACCAUAAUUAGAGCAGGAAUGCUACAAAAUACUCCUGGAGCAACACAAGGUUUCAACUUUGAAGAGGGUAGUGCAGCAAAUGGAAAUCUUAGCAUGGAGGAUGCUGCAUCUAUAUGUGUGGAAGCACUUGAAGUAGUCCCGCAAACAAGAUUCACAUUUGAGGUCGUCAAUGGAGGAGAGAAGGUUUCGGAUUGGAAAGAGUGUUUGACUAGAUUGAUGGAGAAAACAGAGCAGCAGCUGCCAUGAUCAUACUCUAGCAAAACACAAAGUGAACCCCAUUUGUUUGUUUUGAAACCUUGUGUUCAGUAAGUUGGAUAGUAAAUUUGUUUGUCCUGCAUUUGGACUUCAACAGUUUACAUUGAAGUUGGUCUACUGCAAUUUUUGCAUUAUGUUUUC